UUCCUCCCUCCCUCCCUCCCUCCCUUUUUGUAGAGUAUAAAAUCCACCUAAACAUUCCCAAUUUCCCUCUACCAAAUCAAGCCUACCUUUCCUUUAUUCAUCAUUCUUCAUAAUAUCCAAAAAAAGACCCAAAAUCAAAAUCAAAUGGGAAAUCUCUGUACAUGUUUAUCAUACCAUGAUAUCAACAACAAACAACAAACUAAUCCAAAACGAUUAUACUGUCGAUCCAGUUCAGCACCCGCAAGCGGAAUCAGUAAUCGCUGGUCGAGAAUUCGAUCAUCAAGGAGAGAUAGUUUCAAGUUUGAAGAUCCUGUUCUUCAUCAACAAGCAAUUGCUGCUGCUGCCAUUAUAAUUCAACAACAUCAACAAAAUGGGUCUGGGUCUGGGUCUGGGUCUGGGUCUGGGGUUGGGUCUUUGGGUUUUGAUCGAUCUACUUCUCUAAGAUACCCUCUAUCAAAUGGGGUUUCUAAGAGUAAAAAUGGGGUUAAUACUUUGCCGAGAAGUUCUAGUUCUAGGGCUCGUUCUCUUACUGAUCCUCUGUUAAAACCUCAUCAAUUGGUUACCCAGGAUGGAGCUCUUGAUGGUCUAGAAACUAGACAUUUUGUGCUUGUUCAUGGAGGUGGUUUUGGUGCUUGGUGUUGGUAUAAGUCCAUUGCACUACUAGAAGAGAGUGGAUAUAAGGUUACUGCUAUUGAUUUAAUGGGUUCUGGAAUUCAUUCAUCUGAUACCAAUGCUGUUACUAGUCUCUCCCAAUACGUUAACCCACUUGUCGACUUCCUCGACAAACUUGCUGACGGAGAAAAGGUAAUUCUGGUAGGCCAUGAUUUUGGUGGUGCAUGCAUAUCAUAUGCCAUGGAAUUGUUUCCAUCUAAAGUUUCUAAAGCUAUUUUCAUUGCUGCAACAAUGCUAACUGAUGGACAAAGUGCUCUUGAGAUCUUCUCACAGCAGGUAGAUUGCAAGGAUCUAAUGCAGCAAGCUCAAAUAUUUGUUUAUGCUAAUGGGAAUAAUAAUCCCCCAACCGCUAUCGAUCUUAACAAGUCGUUGCUUAAGGAGUUGUUGUUUAACCAAAGCCCGACAAAGGAUGUCGCACUAGCAUCUGUGUCGAUGAGGGCGAUACCAUUUGCACCUGUUUUAGAGAAACUCUGUCUCUCAGACGACAAAUACGGGUCUGUGCGACGUUUUUACAUCGAAACUACAGAAGAUAAUGCAAUACCCAUCUCUUCACAAGAACAAAUGAGCAAGGCAGCUCCUCCGCAACAGAUUUUCCGUCUCAGAGGCGCAGAUCAUUCGCCUUUCUUUUCGAAACCGCAAGCAUUGCACAGAUACUUUGUUGAGAUCUCAAAGAUACCUUAAAUUUGUAACUCCUUGCAUUAAAGUAGUAUGCCUAUAAUGAGAUUUACAUGGUAUCAUCACAAGAAGAGUAUGAUUAUAAGUGGUGUUCAAAUUUGUAUAGGAAGCUAUUUUUGGAGCAUUUUUUUGCAGCUCCGUUUCUCUGCA